GUUGUCCGCAGAGAUGCCUGCUGGGAGAAGAGCGAGACAGCGAGCCACGUUUUUGUGACGAUGUUUUGUUAGUUUCUGUUCUCAGUCUGGGUCAAAAUAACGUCAACAAACCUGUGAUUGAGUUUAUUAACCGCUAAGGUGUCACCGCGGGAGGGUAACUGUUUCCUGUUAACGUUACGGCGGUUGAAUCAGCUCGUGUUUGUGACCCGCCAAAAGCGAGGAAGUGACCAUUUUGAGAGGUAGCCGUUUUCUGUAACAUUUACUUUGCGUUAUCUUUCUGAAAAUGAGCGGCGGGUUUAACUUUGGGCAAGCCUCCACGGGCUUCUCUUUCGGAGCCAAGACCACCGCCGCGGCCCCUGCCACGGGCUUCGGGAUGGCUAGCACCGCGCCGGCGGCUCCAGGAGGCGGCUUCUCUUUCGGCACUUCAGCCCAGCCGACCGCCGGCACCAACCCCACCAACUCCUUCAGCUUUGGCACCCAGGCAAAGACCACCGCAGCCGGCGGAGGCUUCUCCUUUGGGACCUCCACCGCCUCCUUCGGCCUGAGCGCGGCUCCUCAGACCACAGCAGCAGCAGGCUCCACACCAGCUCCAGCUGCAGGGUCAGGGUUCACCCUGGGCACGAGUUUGUCUGCGCAGACCACCACUGCCGCUCCCGCAGGAGGGGGCUUCACCUUUGGGACCCAAGCUCAACCCCAACCUGCAUCUCAGGCCCAACCUGCAGCAGCACCAACAGCCGCGGUGACAGCAACCACAGCAGCAGGAGGCCUCACAUUCGGAGGGUUCAAUUUCGGAGCAACAAAAGUCCAGGCGACCACCGCGGUCGCCCCUGCAGCUGCCACCACUGCUGCGCCGGGUGGAGGCUUCAGCUUCGGCACCAGUGCUCCAGCCAACCUCACCUUGGGCACGCAGGCCCAGCCAGCUCCCGCUGCUGCAGCCCCAGCAGCUCAGGGUGGGGGAUUCACCUUUGGGAUUAAACCCUCAUCGACCCCAGCUCCUCCUGCAUCCACCCAGGCAGCCGCAGCUCCGGGCCCGUCUCUCUUUGCUGCACCCAUCACUGCAGCUGCCGCCACUGCUGCUGCCACUGCUGCUGCCACUGCACCUACAACAGCUACAGGCUUCACUCUGGGUGCAGCUCCAACUUUAGCAGCAAGCACUGCCGCUCCUGCGACAACCGCGGCAGCUGCCGGAGGCCUGUCUUUCAUGCUCAAACCUCUGGGGGCAGCCACCAUCACCUCCACCUCCACCCCGGCCUCCACUGCCACUGCUGCAGCUGCCACAACAGGCGUAGCUACAGGCUUCACACUGGGGCUCAAACCGUCAUCCGGCACAAGUACAACAACAACAUCUACAGCCACCACGCUCACUACAACCGCUGCUCCUCCGGUGAUGACCUACGCUCAGCUGGAGGGGCUCAUCAACAAGUGGAGUCUUGAGCUCGAGGACCAGGAGAGACAUUUCCUCCAGCAGGCGACUCAGGUGAACGCCUGGGACCGCAUGCUGGUGGAGAACGGCGAGAAGAUCACGGCGCUGCAUAAAGAGAUGGAGAAGGUGAAGCUGGACCAGAGGAGGCUAAACCAGGAGCUGGACUUCAUCCUGUCCCAGCAGAAGGAGCUGGAGGACUUACUGUGCCCUCUUGAAGAGUCGGUGAAAGAGCAGAGCGGAACCAUCUACAUGCAGAACGCCGACGAGGAACGUGAAAGAACGUACAAGCUUGCAGAGAACGUGGACGCACAGCUGAAGAGGAUGUCGCAGGACCUGAAGGAGAUCAUCGAGCACCUGAACACAUCCAGCGGUCCAGCAGAUACCAGCGACCCACUUCAGCAGAUCUGUAAAAUUCUCAACACCCACAUGGAUUCACUUCAGUGGAUCGAUCAGAACUCGGUUCUUCUGCAGAGGCGAGUGGAGGAAGUGUCCAAACUGUGUGACAACCAGCGCAAGGAGCAGGAGAAAACCUUUCGUUUAACAUUUGACUGAUCUGAAAUAAAUACGUUGACAUAAUUUGUUUUUUUUUUCACUACUCGUAAAGAUGGAAGUCCUUUUUAAGGGUCGAGAUGAGUUGAAUGUGCAGCCAAAACAUGAAUCAAAACUCCUGUUCACUUGCUUUUUUCCUUCAGCUGUUUUCAUUUGAUUGCAUAAAGAUUGAUAUUUUUAAUGCAAAAUCUUUUUAUAUAGAGAAGUGACACUGAUCAUCUGUUCCCAUGUAAAUGCUCUGGUUGUUCUAAAUAGUAUAAUUAAAUAAACAUCUGGAUCAAG